UUAUUUUUUUGCACCUCUCUCCUCUUCUCCCUCCUCCUCUUGACCGGUGGAGAUUUGGAGACUGGUGUAUGACGAUUUAGGCACGCGAGGAACCCAACUCCCUCCCCUCACCAGUCAGCCUUAUUUUACCUUCUAGCACCAUUUGAUGCAAACAGGAAGCCGACGAGACUCAUCCAUUUGCUCAGACAUGGCGGCAAGGUGACACUUCUUCAUUUUCUUCGUAUCCCCUUCGUUAUCUUCAAGGAAGAAAGAUAGGAGUGGUAAAAUCAACACCCCAUUAUGCCAAAUCUGACUUUUUAUGCCUACAUUAGAAGAAAGAAGAAGGUGGAUCGUCUGCCUACUGUGAUUGUCUGAAGGGGAAGGAAGAGGAUCGAUUUGGGUACCUUUUCGAGUCGACUGAAUCGCUGAUUUAGUCCUCUUGGUGUUGUGCUUUCGCGUUCAUUCGCCAGUUUCUUCGCUGCGUUGUGGCGUUUUUGCUAGGCCAUGUUGCGGAAAAUGGACUCUGGAGGAGGGAGCACCGGCGAUUCGGGAGGGCAGCUCUUGAAGGAACUCGAAGCCCUGAGGAAGGCUCUCUACCGCAACGGAAACCCCAAUCCCUCCCCUCGUUCCAUCUCUGCGGGGAAGUCCCACUUGAAAUCCUCUCGGUCCGGCGUCGAUUUCUCGGCUUCGAAGGCGAGGACGUCCUCAGAGAAGGAAAAUCCCCCGUCGUCAGCGGGUACCAAGGGCGCCGGAACGGCCAUUUGCCCGCCGGAGAAGAAGAGUUUGUGGAAUUGGAAGCCUCUCCGUGCCCUAGCCCACGUCCGACACCGGCGGUUUAUCUGCUCGUUCUCGGUUCACGUCCUUUCAGUUGAGGGCCUCUCUCCCGGCUUCAAUGGGAAAAGCCUCUGCGUGAGUUGGAAGAGGAAGGACGGAGGGCUGCAAAGCACGAAGCCGUCCAAAGUAAUCCAUGGCGUCGCCAAUUUCGACGAGAACCUUUCGCAGAAAUGCUGCGUCAAUGGCAGUGUCAACGGUCCGAGCCACAUCGCCAAAUAUGAAGCAAAGCAAUUCGUGCUCUAUGUUUCCAUGGUCGGCUCCCCUGAUCACGACCUGGGUAAGCACCGGAUCGAUCUCACGAGGUUGCUUCCUGAUACUUUUGAAGAAUUGGCGGAGGACAAGAGGUCUGGCAGCUGGACUACGAAUUUCAAGCUCUCAGGUAAGGCGAAAGGCGCAAUUCUGAUCGUUACUUUCGGAUUUUCAGUGUUAGGGGAUGAAUUCAAUCAAUCUGCGGUUGAAUCCAGCGUGAACAAGAAUAAUCUGAGCCUCACAAAGUCGAAAAGCUCGAACUUGUUGGCAAUCACUAGGCCAGCCUCAUUAGAGAAGCCUAAGUUUGCAUCCAGUAGUGUUGUAGGCCUUGGUCAUGAAGGCCAGAAUUCACUGCUUCGAUCUGGUAGCACUCCUUCAAUGCGAGCAUCGGCCCGGAAUUCCCCUCCUAAGAAAUCCUUGUAUAAUUCCAGAGAAGAAACGAAUAGCAUCCCUGGAGAUCGGCCCAGUUAUGGAACAGAGUUUUCGGCUUUAGGAAUAAGCGGAUUCGAGGGACAGAGAAAAACUGAUAUAGAGGUUUCAUUGGAAAAAGAUGCUGAAGGCAAUACAGGGAUCGAGGAGAACGAAUUUGGCAUAGUUGAGCAAGGGAUUGAAAUUGUUGAUUCCUUAGACAAUAGCAAGAAUUCUAGUGCGCUGGCAAUGGAAACGGAUACUGCGAGUGAGAGCGCCAAGCUCGAAAUGUCUGAAGGAGCUCUUGGCAGUGUAAAUAUCGAGGAGGGAUUGGAACAAAUUCAUGAAAAUGUAGAUCCUAAGCCUGCGUCCGAAGCAACUAUUGACAGAAAGGAGAUUGAAGAAGCUCAAAGGAAUGGUGAGGAGACUGUUGAUAUUUUACCUUUUGAAAAGGAUUCUUAUUCUGAUGAAAAGGAUUUGACCUUUAUGGAGUCUGAAGAAAGAGAAAAUUUGCUAAAUAGUCAUGAGCUAAAGGAUGUCCCCUUGUUCACUGAUGAAUCAGCUCUGGAGGAGUUGAAUGCAGCCUUUGGAAAUGACCCAUUUUCUGAUGACGAUACCUCCGAGAUCACGCUUAACCCAAGUUUGUUGAGUCAGCCACAAGUGGGAACAAGAACUGAUCUCGAGAAAAGCAAAAUUGGUAGGUCUUAUAGCUUGGAUGAUCUAACAGAAUCUGUCGCCGAUGAAUUCUUGAAUUUGUUGGGAAUAGAGCAUAGCCCAUUUUCAUUGAGUUCUGAAAGUGAUCCUGAAUCACCAAGGGAACGACUAUGGAAGCAGUUUGAGAAAGAUUCACUGGCUAGUGGGGGUCUCUUUGCUGCAGAUGUUUGGAACGGAGGGGAUCCCCAGCUGGAAACUGAAGGAUCAUUUUCCAGUGAGGCCGUUUCUCAGUCAGAUAUGAUGAGGGGCGAGGAGAUAGAGACAGAGAGCUUUCCUCUUCCUAGAGAUCAUCUUGAAAGCCAGACUAGCUUUGAUUUGGAUGAGGAAUUUGAGCUUUCAUCCAUUGUACAUGCUGCUGAAGCAGAGCAUGAGAAGGCAGUUCAAGCUAUGAAAAGUAAAACUAGAGCGAAAGUACUGGAGGAUGAAGAGACUGAAUUUUUGAUGCGGGAAUGGGGCUUGAAUGAGAAUGCCUUUCAGAGCUCUCCACCCAAUAGUGCAGGUGGAUUUGGUAGUCCUAUCCAUCUCCCUCCUGAGGAACCAUUAGAGCUACCUUCCCUUGGUGAAGGGCUUGGCUCUUUUGUCAGAACAAGAGAUGGUGGAUUUGUGCGGUCUAUGAAUCCUGCCCUUUUUAAGAGUGCCAAAAACAAUGGAUCACUGAUCAUGCAAGUGUCUAGCCCGGUUGUGGUUCCUGCUGAGAUGGGUUCAGGAAUUAUGGAAAUCCUGCAUGGUUUAGCUUCUGUUGGAAUUGAAAAGCUUACCGUGCAGGCAAAGAAGCUGAUGCCUUUGGAAGAUAUAACUGGAAAAAGUAUACUGCAAGUAGCCCACGAAGCUACACCAUUUCUAGAGGCAUACGAGAGGCAAGACUUACUGCAGCAUCAAGCAGACGACAUGGACACGAAUACUGUGGGUGGCUCCUCAUUACAACCCAAAUCCAGGAGAAGAAAGAAAGAAUCAAAUAAAUGUGGGCAAUUCUCGAGUUCCUCAGUUGAGGAUUCAAUCUCAGAAUUUGUCUGUCUGGAGGAUCUUGCACCAUGUGCGAUGGAUAAAAUUGAAGCCCUUUCAAUGGAGGGGCUAAAAAUACAGUCCGGUAUGUCAGGUGAUGAUGAGUUAUCAAACGUUUGUGCUCAAUCAAUUGGAGAGAUUUCAGCUUUAGAGGGAAUGAGAGCAAAAACAACUGGAGCUCUCGGUUUAGAAGGCACCGCCGGGCUUCAGCUGUUAGAUUUAGAAGAAGGCAAUGAGCCAGUGGAUGGAUUAAUGGGUUUGUCUAUUACCCUUGAUGAAUGGAUGAAACUGGAUUCUGGGAUAGUUGAUGACGAAGAGGAAUCCAACAGUCGUAUGUCUAGGAUCCUUGCAGCCCAUCAUGCUAAAUGUACAGACUUGAUUGGCAGAGGUAAAACAGCAGACAAAGCAAGUGGAAAAAAUUCUGGGAGGAGAUGGGGUUUCUUGGGGAACACACUAACUGUAGCAUUGCUGGUUCAGCUUCGUGAUCCUUUACGUAACUAUGAGCCAGUUGGUGCUCCAAUGCUUGCUUUGAUACAGGCAGAACGAGUUGUGGUUCCCCCAAAGCCCAAGAUAUACAGUUCGGUUUCAGAUAAAGGUAACAGUGAGGAAAUUGAUGAGCCUGAACCUUUGCCAGAGCAGGAUGAAAAGAAAGAAGAAAUCAUCCCCCAGUUCAAGAUUACUGAGGUCCAUGUUGCUGGGCUAAAGACUGAGGUUGAGAAGAAAAAGGGAUGGGGAUGGGGAUGGGGAACGGGAAAGCAGCAGCAAACUGGUUCACGAUGGCUACUUGCGAGUGGGAUGGGAAAAGCCAACAAAAAUCCUUUUAUGAAGUCAAAACCUGUUUCUAAGUCUCUUCCACAGCAUCAGACCACAACAGUGAAGCCGGGAGAUACCUUAUGGAGCAUUUCAUCUCGUGUUCAUGGUACUGGAGCCAAAUGGAAAGAGUUGGCAGAAUUAAAUCCCCACAUACGAAAUCCAAAUGUUAUUUUUCCAAACGAGACAAUUCGGUUAAGUUGAAGAACCUAGUUUUUCAGAGAACAGGUCUGAUGUAAUUAUGGCUUGUUAGAUGAAUCAGCUUGUGUAAAGUAGCAUAAGGGUUUGUGGUAAGGUUCAAAAUUUUGGGCUUCUGAAGUUUGCUCCAAACGUGUCAUGAAGCAUCAUCAUAAUGAUGUUUUAUUCAGUACAUAUUUUGUCGUCUCCCGAGGAGUGUAGAGAGACUUGAGGUCUCUGAGGAAAAAAAUAAUGGUAAAUAUACCUCUUGCAGCAUCUGCGUUUUUCUUUACCUGUAUUCCAGGAAAUGUUUGAAUUCUUUUUGGAAUGUAUUUUUUGAUAGUCAAAUUCCUAUAACCAGGAUAUAUUGGAAAUCUGAAAUUGCUAGUUCAUGUCA